AUGUGCCACACCAGCUGCUCCCCGGGCUGCCAGGCACCCUGCUGUGUGCCCGUGAGCUGCAAGCCCGUGUGCGUGCCCUCCUGCCAGUCCUCCGGGUGCGUGCCCGUGAGCUGCAAGCCCGUGUGCGUGCCCUCCUGCCAGUCCUCCGGGUGCGUGCCCGUGAGCUGCAAGCCCGUGUGCGUGCCCUCCUGCCAGUCCUCCGGGUGCGUGCCCGUGAGCUGCAAGCCCGUGUGCGUGCCCUCCUGCCAGUCCUCCGGGUGCGUGCCCGUGAGCUGCAAGCCCGUGUGCGUGCCCUCCUGCCAGUCCUCCGGGUGCGUGCCCGUGAGCUGCAAGCCCGUGUGCGUGCCCUCCUGCCAGCCCUCCUGCCCCACCCUGGUCUGCAGGCCCGUCUGCUCCAGCUCCCCGUGCUGCCUCUGACCACGCGUCUCCUGCCGGCUGCUCUGGGCAGAGGGGGCCGCGCCGGUGCCCUUC